AUUGGUCACUCAACACCACGGCCCCAAGUGAGUUGAUAACGUCGGAGAGUCAACUGCUUGUAAAUGCUUUUGGUAAUUCGGCGAAUUCCUCAUUUAUUGCAGAAACUUCUCAAAGGAUUCGAGCACAAAGGUCAUAAUUAGGUGUGGACAUCUUUGCAUCCUGUUGUGGUGAUGUCCUGUACCUGUCUUGCGCGCCUGACCAGGUGCAGUGGUCUUGUACAGAAGACUGUGGUCCCGCUGCUUUUCCAGCAAGGAAACUUUCCAGAGCUGACGCACUUUGAUAGGAAACUUUUUGGACAGUCGAGGAGACAGUACAGCAGCUCGCGCUUUGAUCCAGACAGCAGCGGCCGUCCUACCACUUGGGAUUCGUUUGGCAUCUGGGACGAUCGUAUUGAUGAGCCUAUACUGCUUCCUCCCAGCAUCCGUUACGGCAAAAUCAUUCCCAAUGUUAACUUGAUGAAGGUCGGCUGUGCCUCCCUCAUUGGACAGCGCAAAGAGAAUGAAGACCGCUUCCAGGUGUCCCAAAUGACUGAUAACAUUCACUACUUUGCUGUUUUCGAUGGACAUGGUGGAUCAGAGGCAGCUGAUUUCUGUGAAAAAUACAUGGAGAAAUUCAUCAAGAGUUUCCUGGCAGAGGAAGACAAUUUGGAGACGGUUUUAUCAAAAGCCUUCCUUGAAAUAGACAAAGCUUUUGCAAAGCACUUGCACUUCUUUCCAAAUGGGCCGGGGUUGAAUUCAGGGAGCACUGCCACUGUGGCUCUGUUGAGGGACGGCAUCGAACUGGUGGUUGCUAGUGUGGGGGACAGCCGCGCCAUGUUGUGCCGAAAGGGCAAAGCCGUUAAACUCACAGUAGAUCACACUCCAGAGAGAAAGGAUGAGAAAGAAAGGAUAAAAAGGAGCGGGGGUUUUAUUACGUGGAACAGUCUGGGACAGCCCAACGUGAAUGGCAGGUUGGCAAUGACCCGCAGCAUCGGAGACUUGGAUUUGAAAAAGAUGGGAGUCAUUGCGGAGCCUGAGACCAAAAGAAUCUUGUUACAUCAUGUCCACGACUCUUUCCUGGCGCUGACUACGGAUGGCGUUAACUUCAUAAUGAACAGCCAGGAGAUCUGCAGUAUUAUUGGCCAAUGCCAUGACCCUAAAGAGGCCGCUCAGAGAAUUUCUGAUCAGGCUCUACAUUACGGUUCAGAGGACAACAGCACAAUCAUUGUGGUGCCCUUUGGAGCGUGGGGGAAACACAGGAGCUCCGACACGCAUUUCUCCUUCAGCAGAAGCUUCGUGUCCAGCGGUCGCUGGGCGUAGUCGGAGCCAGUGCUCUGUUCUGUGGACCCAACUAUUGCGUGCAAUACUAUCUGUGCCCUUAAACAGUAGAUCCCGAUGGCUAGAAAAUGUUGGGAAGAGCAGUGUGAUGUUGGCUUCUGUCAAGUAGGAGGCAGCACAUUCAUAAUUUGCACCAAAAAGCCCUCUUUUUUUUCUGCAAGAUAAUGACCCUAUAGAGGCUAAAAGCUAAUAUUUUUAAAAGUAAAUAAAAGUUUGCAGCAAUACUUUGUAUCCUUUUUAAGGUGGCCAAUUGGGUUUAAUAUUCCUGAUGCCUGUUAGCUGUUGCAAACAGUUGGCAGCGCUUGAUCUUGAAAACUUGAUAAUCAUUAAAUAAAAUGUGGUAUAUUGGAUCCCACUAUGCAAAAAGGAAAUAUUACGUAUAUAUAGCAUAAACAUAUUUUUGUGACUUGAUGCCAAUUUACAUAAAUAUAUGUCUAAACGUGUUUCUAAAGUAUCAAAAUUUUGCGGAUCACGUACACCCAAACACAGCUCUGAAGCGUUAGCUUUGCUAUUAUUAGCAUCACUGAAAAUGUUCACAGUCUUUAAGGAGUUGGACAAAUGCAUGUCUUUAUUGUCAUGCACUUUACUUUUGAGUGAAAAGAGCAUUUGAGAAGCUUGGGUGAACAUCUACACAAACUACAUCUUUGGAUAUCAUCCUUUUAGGAGACAUUUUGAGUAUCUGCAUCAAACUGACGGCCACCUUGGGGAUCCAAAGUGUUCAGGGUACUGAAAUGUACAAAGUAUGUAUUUAAAAAAACAUUUAGUUAUACCUACAUUUUGUAAAAUGAAUGUUUUUGUUUAACACCUUAGUUGAAUCUGUAAAUCUAAGUAUUCUUUUCAUACUGUAAGCCUUUGAAUAGGUGGAUGUUUGGUGCAAAGCUUAAGGAUUUUAAAAUCUAACAGCUUUUUCCUCAUUUCUACAAUCUCUGUCACUCUGUCAGAACAAAGCAAUCGUAAUGCAACACUAUUUUAUGAGCCAUGAAUGACUGUGAAUGUUUUCUUUUCAGAUUUGCAAGACAAACUGGUAAUUAACUGUAUAUAGUCCUGACCGGUCCAAUGUAAGUCGAAGCAUUUUCCAGUACAAGGAAGACUUUGAGCCGUUUGAUGGACUGUCCAGUUAGUAUUUUCCCAUGUUCUGUUCAUUUUAAAAAAUUCCCUUCUUUAUAUUUAUAGGCGUUGUUUUGAUGAUAAUCGUUGCAGAUUUUGCAAAACAAUUCUUUUGCUUUUUGGGGGGCAUAUUAUUAUUGAAUUACAUCUUAAAUGAGACGUUGUAAUUAUACUUAUACCAGCAUUGUACAUAAAUAAUAUUUCACUGUGUGAAUAUUUUACUGUAACACCUUGCAGUUAUCUCUCCUUUGUGCUAUUGGAGUGUGAUGUUAUCUUUGUUGAUUGAGUAUUUUUGGGUGUAAAUUAUCAAAAUAAAAUAAAGAUAUUGUUUCAAUGUUA